AUGAGACUGCAGCUUCAUCGCUGGCAGGUUUACUGCACGCCUUCCUAUCCUCGGGGGACUCGGUCGAUGACUCUUCUUGCUCAAUUGGCAAGUCACUUAGCUCCAUGCAGUGCAACUUCCACCAUUCAAUAUCUUCAGCAGGGGCAGGCUAUCGACUUUCUUUCGAUGUUCGCGGAGCAGCCAUCGCCAUUCACGAAACUUGACGGGGAUGCUCAAAGCCUGCCGAACCUUUGUCAUGUCUGGGUCGAGAACGAGCUUCUUCCGAAUGGCAUUAUCUACAAGCAGAAGACAAAAGUUAGUCAGACGCAAGGCAAAAACCAAAAAAGACAACCACCUCCACGCAUGAGCCCCGAUCAAAAAGGAAGCUCAGUUGCAAUUGGAUGGCCCAACGGUUAA